AUGGCUCUGAAAAGGAAGUUUGAGUUCAAAACAACUAAAUUCACUACUAAGUUAUUGCUUGUUGAAUGUUUUGAUAAAGAAUGCAAGUGGCGAGUUCGUGCUACCAAGUUGGGGAUUUCCAAUAUGUUUCAAAUAAUGAAAUUCUAUUCAACACACACUUGUCGGUUAGAUAUGAUGUCUCGUGACAAUCGACAUGCAAGUAGUUGGUUGAUUAGUGAGAGUAUAAGAGAAACAUAUCAAGGGGUUGGUUGUGAAUUUCAACCAAAAGACAUUGUAGCAAACAUUCGAAAGCGGUAUGGCGUUCAAAUCAGUUAUGAUAAGGCAUGGAGAGCCAGAAAACUUGCUCUAGGUUCUACUAGGGGAUCACCUGAGGAGUCUUAUAGCACUUUACCAUCCUAUUGCUAUGUUUUAGAGCAAAAAAAUCCUGGUACCAUUAUUGAUAUAGUUACUGAUUGUGAUAAUCAAUUCAAAUACUUUUUUAUGUCGAUUGGUGCAUCUCUUGCUGGGUUUCACACAUCAAUAAGGUCUGUGGUUGCAGUUGAUGGGACAUUUUUGAAAGCAAAGUACUUAGGGACUUUAUUUAUUGCAGCGUGUAAAGAUGGCAACAAUCAGUUAUACCCUUUAGCCUUUGGCAUUGGUGAUUCAGAAAAUGAUGCCUCAUGGGAGUGGUUUUUACAAAAACUGCAUAAUGCACUUGGACACAUUGAUGAUUUGUUUGUGAUAUCAGAUCGACAUGGUAGCAUUAAGAAAGCAAUACAUAAAGUAUUUCCCCAUGCGAUGCAUGGUGUUUGCACUUACCACGUUGGACAAAAUUUGAAGACAAAGUUCAAUAAUCCUGUAAUUCAUAAGUUGUUCCAUGAUGUUGCCCAUGCUUAUCGUGUUUCAGAGUUUAAUUUUAUAUUUGGGCAACUAGAGAUGAUUGACCCAAGAGCAGCAAGAUAUUUGAUGGAUAUAGGAGUUGAUCGAUGGGCACGUUCAUAUUCUACCGGAAAAAGAUAUAAUAUCAUAAUGACAGGGAUCGUGAAAGUCUUAAUGUUGUGUUGA